UCUGAGAAUAUGGAAUGCUUCCCUGUGUAGCCCACGUGACAGGGCACAGUAGCGCGGUUUUCUGUCGACGCGUUGAAGUGCUACGUCAGUGCUUAGGUAGCAAUCCCUCGAAAACUCAUUCUUAACAAUUUUUGGUUUCACUUGUAUUCUCUUGUGCUUGGGCACCGCGUACCCCUCGUUUUGUACUCUUAUGCAAUUCACCUUUUUGGCGCAGCGUUGGUUUUCAUCUUAUUCACCAAACAACUUCAAAUUCGUAUAAUAUGGCUACACGUUCAUCACGCGCCAAAAAGCGCCAGGCCCGACUCAACUUCAGUUCUGCGCCCUCGUCCUCUCCUAAAGCUACGGAGCUACCAAGUGCAGUCAGACAUCGUGCUGCAGCAGUGACCUACGACAGCUCUCCUCUCAAGAGAAAGCUUGCCGCACUUGACAGCGACGACGAAGAACAAUCAAAUCCUAAUUUCGGUACUCUCCCUACUCCUCCUUCACACUCAACGAGAGCUUCUAAACGAGCUCGUCGAUCGCAAGCGAAGAUCGAUUUCUCAAAACAUAUUGGAACAAAGGUGUCGCGAUCGCCUUCCCCAUCAGCGCCGUCCAUGAAGAGGAAAGUAUCACAAGGGAAAGCUGCGAAGAAGUUCAGGCCUGCGAGUGGGAUAUUCGGCAAGAAGCCCGUGGUUGAGCUUUCAAGCAGCUCCGAGUGCGAGGAAGAUAUUAUUAGGCCCCGAACUGCGACGCCGAAGAAGCAGACCCAAGUCACCACUAGGGGUUCCAGUCGGAAGGCGGCUAUCGAGGCAGAGGAUGAUGAGGAUGAAGACGAGGUACAAGCUCCGAGAAGUGCCAGACGUCUGAGACGGCCUACGUAUGAUGAGAGCAGCGAGCAAUCAGGAGAGCAAGAGCUCGACGACGAUGUUGAUACAGGUGCUAUCGGUGAGCCAGAAACUAGUGGCGAUGAAACUAUGAAAUCAUCACCAACAUACAAACCAAAGCGAAAGCCCAGUAGGAAGGCUGACAUGGGAUUCAUUAAUGAUGAAGAAACUGGCAAAGAUAGCAAGGCAGCUCCACCUUCGUCUAGAAUUCGAAAAGGAAUAAAGAAGAUGCUUGUUGAAGAGGAACAUGAGGAAGAAAAGAGAUCGAGCGCCGAGGAAGACGAGGAUGAAGAUGAUGACGACAAGAUUGAUGAGGAUGAAAAUGACGAUGAUGAAGAUGACAAGAUUAUUUCUAGCCAAAGAAGACGAUUGAGAAUCCCAAAUCGCAUAAGAAACUCAGAAGAGCUAGAAGACCUGAAAGAGGACCUUGAAUUUCUCCAAUCAUCUCCCCCACCUGAAUCAGCAGGCCGCUUGAGAAGCACGGGACCGAGAAAGCUGAAUCCUCGCGAGAAAGCUUUAGAAGCUCUGAAACGUCGCCGCCUUGGCAAUAACGCCCCAAUCCCAGAAGAGUCGAACGAGGAGGAAGCUUCAAGCGCAGAAAAUACUGCAUCAGACGUUGGGCCUGAAGACUCAAUUGCGGAAGAGGAAGAGGAAGAGCCAGAGAACUAUGACGCAGAAUUAGAAGGGUUUGUCCUCGAGGACGAUGAAGCUACGAUCGGAAUUCCCAUCGACAUGCCUGUGGCAUUUAGCGCCCACGCCCGACUGAAACCGAAGCAAUUGUUCAAAUAUGUGGUCGAGUGGAUGGUCCACAAACGGAUCAAUCCAGCAUUCGAGAUGAAAAAUGAAAUCUACCAACUUGCAUUUAACCGUCUCGACGAUGAAGCUCAAGGUUUGGGCGGCAGCAAGUACAAAUCAUCUAUUUGGAAUCGUGACUUUAUCAUGGCGCUCAACGCGCGACCUAAAAUCAUUAUCACAGACCUGGGUGGUGGUGCCGGUGGGAUUGAUCUCGGCGGAUGUGAGGCAUGCAACCGCAGCAGCCAUGCCGCAUCAUUUGUCAUUCGCUUUUCAGGAAAGCCGUACCACCGAAAGUCACUGGAAAAUGUCGCGGAUGAAACAGACUCGGAUGACUCGAAUUCAGACAAGGACGACGACGUCGAAAGAGAUGCGAGAGGUAACCCGAUACCGAACGAGAAUCGGGCCUGGAACGUCGGAAGUUUCUGCAAAGGCAACGCUGAGAUUGCGCAUACCCUGGAACACUGGCGGUAUCACCUAAACGAGUGGAUCGUUGACUGGCUAAACUAUGAGGGCUAUUUGGCACCAGAGAAGAUCGUGGCGAGAGACAAGUGGAGCAUGAAGAAGAAGGGAAAGUAUGCAGACAGAAUCGUGGAUGCGAUGGCAGAGGCAACGCCGAAUGAGAUUGAGCGUCUAUAUCACGACUUUAGGACACAGGUCAACGCAGCGAGAGACAACCAGCGUGGGUAUCAUAGUACCCGACGUCGAUGACAUGGAUGGCGCUCGAUGGAUCUUUGUUGGUGAGUUUAGAGAGUGGUGUGCACUUGUUCGGCGUCCUGUUGGGUUUUGUUGGGUUGUUGUGUGGGAACGUUGUGAUGCUGUGAUUGAUUGGGACUUGGACUUCUUCGUCUGUUGUCGGUCGACUCUUUACGAUACCCCUUCCCUCCUUGGCAUCACUGCCUUUGCACCCGCUAACGGAGAGAGAAAUAUGGCAUGGCUUUUUGGUACAUUUUACAAGCCUCGAUAGUGGUUGACAACGGAACUUUUGGAAUGCUUUUCCGCUGCUCACUCUUCCUGCCUUCUCUAUCUCGCCUGUUUACGUGCCGUGCUGUGCCGAUCAUGAUCACUUUCGCGCCUCUAUGAGUCUGACUACUCCUCUGUUUGCUCUGCUCUGCUCUGCCCCUUCUUAAGU